UUACAGUAGUACAAUUGGCACGGCUCCUUUAAGUACAGUAACUUGUUUACGAGACCCUUUCACCUAUUCCGACAAAGUAAGGCGGGCCAUAUGCCUUGAGUUAUUUCUAUUGGAAGUUAAUAUUUGUCGUCAAAAAUUGGCCGGUUCUUAAAAGUGGGCGUUAGGAUUGUGUAAGCAAUGGCCUCCAUUGUGGCUCCCUGACGACUGACAGAUUUUCUUGUGUUCAAGGCUAGAAGAUCCGAAAUGGCGACCACAGCGAAACGGUUUCCUUCAACGUGUUAUGCGAUCCGUUUUACGUCAGGGAGCAUGUAGAUCCAACUCAGGGCAUGUGUCACAUGAUUCAUAGAGCCCAGCUGCCCAAUUCCAAUAUGGUGGUCAGCUUGGCAGACUUACGUUUCUUGUUGACGAUAUUGUUCUUCUGCGGGUUCGGUUUCGGCGCCUGCAGUCAGGAAGCCCCGCAGGUUCUUGGGCUGCGUCUGGAGGAGCCUCCGGCGCAGGUAUUUAUGCAGAAUCGGAUCAUCGUAGCGCAGUACGGAGCCAAUUUCCAGCUGCGAUUGUUUGGUUCUCACCUGUAUAAUAGAACUUGGCCGUGGGUUGCUUUCGCUAAAGCUGCAGAGGGGGAGGCAGGUGCUGUAGGAGAUGCAGCAGACCCGUGCGAGAAGGAAUACCGCCGGAAUUCUACUGCGUUCCAAGUCACGGGAACGUUCAGUGCGGAUGAGGAGAACAGUGGGUUGAUAACGGUCCAGGCGACCGAUGAUAGCGCCUCUGCUGCAUCCGGGGUAGGAGAUGAGACCAAUCCGGGAUACCAUCACGUAUGCGUCCUACAAGGCGUCAAGUGGGUAUCCCUGGGUCCAGACAGAUUGCGUAUUGUGAAAGACCUUGGGCGCGCGAGCGAUUACAUUCCGGCAUGGGGCUUGGCGGUGGGUAUCGUGUCGAUAAUUUGUGGCUGUGCGGUGUUUAGAAGUCUAAAUCUGAGCUUGUUAUGGUUGGAUCCUUUGGAGUUGUACGUGCUGCACAGCUGUGGAUCUGAGAAAGAGAAGCGGACUGCAAAGCGACUGGAGCCAGUGAGAAGACGGGGCAAUUUCUUGGCAUGCGCUCUGUUGUUUACCUGCGCAGUGGGGCAUUCCGCUCUCGGCAUUUUGUUCUACCGCGCCCUGGGAUCUGUUGUGCUCUCUGUGUUCGUGUGUGGUCUCAUAAUCUUUCUUUUGGCCGAAUUGCUACCGCACGUAAUAUGCUCCGGUUACGGAUUCCAGAUCGCGCCGAACAUUACGUGGUUAGCUCAGGUCUGUAUGGUGCUGACCUGCCCGCUGUCCUGCCCGCUGGGUCUGCUUCUAGAUCUGGCCUUGCGCCGCGACAUCAACACCUGCAGUGUGCGCGAGAAGACCAUGGAGAUGAUCAGGACCAACGUCAACGACCCAUACAACGAAUUUGUCAAGGAAGAGUUCAGCCGCGGUGCCCUAAGGACCAAAACGGUGGAGGACAUCCUGACUCCACUGAAAGAUUGCUUCAUGCUUCCUUCCACCGCUGUGCUGGACUUCGGAACCAUGUCGGAGAUUAUGCAGAGUGGUUACACGCGGGUUCCCGUGUACGAGGAAGAGCGUUCGAACAUCGUGGAAAUCCUGUAUGUCAAGGACCUAGCUCUGGUGGACCCAGAUGACUGUACGCCAAUGACCACCAUCACAAAGUUCUACAACCACCCUUUGCACUUUGUUUUCAAUGACACCAAACUGGAUGCCAUGCUUGAGGAGUUCAAGAAAGGUAAUUCUCACCUGGCCAUAGUACAGAAGGUAAACAAUGAGGGGGAGGGGGAUCCUUUCUAUGAGGUGCUGGGUCUGGUCACAUUAGAGGACGUCAUUGAGGAGAUCAUCAAGUCCGAGAUCCUGGACGAGUCCGAUGGCUACAUGGAAACCAAGGUCAAGCGUCCACUCGCCCCUCUGGAGAUCCCAUUGGAGCCCCGGACCGUCCAUGAGGAGUUUUCCCUCUUUAAGCUGCCCGAGGGGGAGCCUAAAAUCCGCACCUCCCCCCAGCUACUCCUCGCCACGCAUCGCUUCCUGUCCCGAGAGGUGGAACACUUCAGUCCUCAGCGCAUGUCUGAGAGGGUGCUGUUCCACCUCCUGCGGCACCCCAGUGUCAACCAGGAGGUGAAGUUUGACCCAGGAAAUAGACUGAGUCCCGAUCACUACCUGUACACCCGCAACCACCCUGUGGACUACUUCAUCCUGCUGCUGCAGGGUCGUGUGGAAGUAGAAAUCGGCAAGGAGGGCCUCAAGUUUGAGAAUGGGGCCUUCACGUACUAUGGCGUGUCUGCAUUGACUGUGCCCUCCUCAGUGCAUCAGUCCCCCGUGUCCACACAGCGUCCCUCCCCGAGGGACCCCUUUGAGCUUGGGGAGGCAUCCAGUCCGUCCAGCUACUGCCCCGACUACACCGUCCGUGACUGA